AUGUAUAAUAUACUAGAUCAGAAGCAACUUGCGUAUAAAGCAUCGGCGAAUGCAUUAUACGGAGGCCUAGGUUCACCAUAUCUCGGUAUUGCUGUACCAGUAAUAUCACAGUGUGUAACCUUUGUUGCUCAGGAACUAAUAAAAACUUUAAAAAAAUUUAUAGAAUCGUAUCACACCGGGGAAUAUAGAGAUGACCAUAACGUGAUCUGUGACGAAACCAGUGAGGUAAUCUAUGGAGACACAGAUUCUUGCCUAGCACGAUUACCAAAGCGUAUCUUACGUUGUAUACUUAAAAAGUACUACAGCCAUUUAAAAUACAUCGAGUUAAAUAAUGGUUUGAUAAAGGAAUAUGAAGAACUUAUAUUCAAGAUGUACGAUGAGCUUACCAAAGAGAGAAGCAUAUUUGGUAAAAAAGUAUAUGAUGCAUUCAACGCGUUUAACCGUGAUUGUAGAAUUAAAAUAGUUACAUUGGAAUAUGAAAAACUUUUAUUUGAUUUGACACUAAAUAACAAGAAACGCUAUGCGGGUUAUAAAUUUGAAUUGCAAAGUAAUGGAGAACCUCCAGAUUACUUUUUUUCGGAAAUAUUUUCUGGUGCUAAAGAUUAUAUUUCAAGAAAUACAAAGCUCUUUAACAAACGGCUCGUAUUUGAUGAGAUGAUAAAUGUAUUUCUAACCGAAAGUGAUGAGUUUAAAAAGUAUGCGGUUAUGAAACGAUUUUCCAAUAUUCAUGUUAGGGGCCUGCCUAUAGUUCGACGUGAUGCAAAUAACUCCUCUAAGGUUAUACAACAGAUGACAUAUUUAAAACUUUUUGAUUAUAAAGAGAAGAUGAAAUUUAUUCUAGACAAAAAAUUUAACAACUUUGAUGAGUUCUUUGAGUUCUUCGUAAAUAGUCGCUGUGAUAAGAAUAAUUGGUUAUUAAUAUGUCUAGAAGAUGCAAGCAAAAAAGUCAUAAAGUUAUUAACCCAAAAGCUUGAACCCCAGGACCUCUAUAUAAUUGAAAAUAGUGUACAGUUUAACCCUCGUGAGAUUUCAACUUUGACUAUAAUCGAAAAGAUGAAACAUGAUAUAUUCAAAAAUAGUAAUUAUAAUAUUGUUAAUAGUAAAUUAAUACUAUACGAGGAUAUGAAUAUGAGCAAGCGACACCACUUUGCGAAUGAGAUUAAUUAG